CAUGCCGUGACACCCUCUCCAGCAUGGCGGUUGUCCACGCAGUGGAAGAAGUGGAGAGAAUCGGGAGCGAUUCCGGGCUGGAUCUCUCUAUUUCCUCCACUUCGGAAGACAAGAGACCGCAGUUUGGCACUCGCUUCCUCACAGAUCCGCGGCAGGUGUUCCAGCACAACGCUUGGGAUAAUGUGGAGUGGACUGAAGAACAAGAAGCAGCUGCUGCCAAGAAAGUCCAGGAAAACAGUCAACCGCUGCCUCUGGAGAAACAAGAGGACUACGACUGCCGAGCCAACGAGUACUGGAACGACUUCUACACCAUACAUGAAAACCGCUUCUUCAAAGAUCGCCACUGGCUCUUCACUGAGUUUCCCGAGCUAGCGCCUCAACCAGGUCCCUGCCCGGAGCCGGUCGCAUGUCAGAGACAGCAGGAGGACCUGAGCAGAGGGGUCAGCGAUCUGUCCCUCAGUGACACUGACUUCCCAGGAUCCUCUGCUUCAUACAGGAUCCUUGAGGUCGGCUGUGGUGUUGGCAACACCGUGUUUCCAAUCCUGAAGACCAACAAUGACCCGGGCCUCUUUGUUUACUGCUGUGAUUUCUCCAGCACAGCCGUGGAGCUGGUCAAGACGAAUACUGAGUACGACGGCGAACGCUGCUUUGCUUUUGUUCACGACUUGAGUGAUGAUCAGGCGGCGUACCCAAUGAAGGACGGAACUCUUGACGUCAUCGUGCUCAUUUUUGUCCUGUCAGCUCUGCAUCCUGACAAGAUGCAGGAGUCCAUCAGGAGACUAGCCAGGCUGCUGAAGCCAGGUGGAGUGAUGCUGCUCAGGGACUACGGGCGCUACGAUAUGGCCCAGCUGCGCUUCAAAAAAGGACGGUGUCUAUCAGAGAACUUCUAUGUGCGUGGUGAUGGAACAAGAGUGUACUUCUUCACUCAAGAUGAGCUCCAUAGCAUGUUCACGGAUGCCGGACUUGAGAAAGUGCAAAACCUUGUGGAUCGAAGGCUGCAGGUGAACAGAGGGAAACAGCUCACGAUGUACAGAGUCUGGAUCCAGUGCAAGUACCGCAAGGGUGACACUCAAGCACAGGAGACGCAGAGCUAACCCUGGAGUGGGUCCUUUUUUAAACAAGAGUGGAGCGGAGGGAAAAACGUCUCUGCAGAUGGUGAUAAUGCAAAGCCAGACGAUGGACCUGGAAACCAAAACAAGGGCUGGUUACCCCGAUUUCUUAAUGCUUUUUCAAAUGACAUUUUUCUAUACCUACAAUAAACAGGAGCUAC